GCCUCGCCGAGGAGAGCCGCCACAAUGGAGCUCCUCGCCGUCGCCUGGAAGAUCUUCCCUGGCCGUUUAACAACUUCCUGGCGCCGCUGGAUUUUCGUUUCCUCCGUGCAUCAUCUGCUGUUCGUCGCCGUGGCUCAUUCCGAGGGAAAUACUAUCCGGUACCAGACCAACGAGGAGGACGCGCCUGGCACGGUCAUCGGAAACCUCGCCAAGGAUAUGUCCUUGAGUCUGUCGCACUCUUCCAAGACCAAUUUCAGGAUGAUGAAACAGUUCAACGACUCCUUCUUUCGGGUGAGGGAGGUGGACGGGGAGCUGGUCGUCGGCGAGCGGAUCGACCGCGAGCGGAUCUGCAGACACACUUCUCAGUGUCUCAUCACUUUUGACGUGGUGAAUUUCUCCAAAGAGCGCUACAGACUCAUCCACGUCGAGGUGGAAAUCAGGGACAUCAACGACAACUCGCCCGAGUUCCAGAGCGCGGAGUCGGUGGUGGAGGUGUCGGAGAACGCGCCGGUGGGCUCCCGGGUUCCCCUGGACCCGGCUGCGGACGCCGACGUGGGCUCCAACUACAUCCAGAGCUACCAGAUCUCCGUCAACAGCCACUUCACCAUCGACGUGCUCCUGAGAGCGGAUGGGGUUAAAUAUGCGGAACUGGUGCUGAUGAAGGAGCUGGACCGGGAGGUCCAGUCUCUGUACACUUUGGAGCUGGUGGCCACGGACGGCGGGAGCCCGGUGCGGUCCGGCGCCACCAAAAUCUCCGUCCGAGUCACGGACUUCAACGACAACAGCCCCGUGUUCGACCAGAGCAGCUUCUCCGUCAGCCUGCCGGAGGACGCGCCGGUCGGCACCGUCAUCCUGGACCUGAACGCCGUGGACGCGGACGAGGGGCUGAACGGGGAGGUGGUGUACGGCUUCGGGAAGCAAGUCUCCCACGAAAUCCGCGAACUUUUCCAUGUGGACCACAAGUCGGGGCGGCUGACCCUGAAAAGCCCGGUGGAUUUCGAGGAGAAGAGCACGUACGAAAUCGACGUGCAGGCGAGCGACCUGGGCUCGAACCCGACUCCGUCCGCCUGCAAGAUCGUCAUCCACGUCGCGGACGUGAAUGACAACGCGCCCGAAAUCAGCAUCACCCCCAUGACCUCCAUCAGCACCGGGGCCGCGUACAUCAGCGAGGCGGCGGACAAGGACAGCCUGGUGGCGCUGGUCAGCACCUUGGACAGAGACUCCGGCGUCAACAGCCAGGUCCACUGCACUCUGUACGGACACGACCACUUCCGGCUCCGACAAGCCUACGGUGACAGCUACAUGAUCGUCACCGCUGGCAGUCUGGACCGGGAGAGGAUCAGUGAGUACAACCUGACCGUCAUGGCCGAGGAUUUCGGGUCACCUCCUCUGAGGAAAAUCACCCAGUACACUGUCCGGGUCAGCGACGAGAACGACAAUGCCCCCCACUUCACCAAGCCCGUGUACGAAGUGUCGGUGGCGGAGAACAACGCCCCCGGGGCUUACGUGACCACGGUGGAAGCCAGCGAUGCGGACCUGGCCAUCAACAGCAAGAUCACCUACAGGCUGCUGGACAGCGUCAUCUUGGGCUCACCAGUCAACACCUUUGUGUCGCUGAAUUCCGUGUCCGGCUCGGUGUACGCUCUGCGCAGCUUCAACUACGAAGUCAUGAGGCAGCUGGACAUCCACGUCCAAGCCAGCGACGGAGGCUCUCCCCAGCUGCAGAGCACGGCCGUCAUCAGGCUAAAAAUAGUGGAUCAGAAUGACAACCAUCCGUCCAUUAUCGAGCCGCCGCUCUACAAAGGAGCUGCAGAUGUUUUCCUGCCCAAAGACGCUCCUGCGGGUUAUUUGGUGACCCAGAUCAAGGCCACAGAUGCUGACGAGGGCCUCAACGCGCAGCUGUCCUACAGGAUCAUCGAAGGGGCUCCCCUGGGUUUCUCCAUCAAUAAAGACUCCGGCAAGGUUCACGUCAGCCGACAGCUGACGUACGACCUCACCGAUAACGUCAAAGUGGUGGUGUCGGUCAGCGACAACGGCUCCCCCUCCCUCACCUCCACGGCGGUCAUCCACUUCAACUUCAUCGAGGGCACUCUGGCCAGCAUGUCGUCUGGGGAGGAGAGCGGCGGGGAGGAGGUCUUCGAGUGGGACACGUCCAUCGCCAUCAUCAUCGUGCUGGCGGGCAGCUGCUCCCUCCUCCUGCUGGCCAUCAUCCUCAUCACCACCAUUUGCAGCCGGAGGAAGAAAGAGCCGAGGGAGGGCUACGAGGAGAAAGAGGAGAUUCCCAAAGUGGAGAAUGUGGAAAGCGGCCACAUCGACUCAUUGAUCGGGAGUCACAAAGGCAAAGUGUUUGAGGCGCACCCCUUCCCCGAGAAGUCUCCGCUGGCCGCCGCCGCCACCGCCGCCGCCGAGAUGAGCUGCGAGGAGGGGCGGCAAACAGCAGGCAUCUUCGAGCCCAACAACAGGGUCAUGGAGGGCAAGUUAAAGGGUUAUUCCACCUUGCCUGGCUACGGCAAAGAGGCUCUCCGGCCGAUCACCAUCUGGAAGGGCAACUCCUUCACCACCAUCUCGGCCAGAGAGCCGCACAUCAGCGGCAAAGACAGCGGCAAGGGAGACAGUGACUUCAACGACAGCGACUCUGACAUCAGCGCCGACGUGCACAAGAAAGACUCGCCGCCGACAAACAGUCUGUGGGCCUGUACCAGCGAGUGCAAGGUGCUGGGCCACUCGGACCGGUGCUGGAGCCCGUCGGCCACCCGGCCCAACACCAGCCUGGCCACGGCACCCAACAUGUCCACCUUCUCCAAAACUGCUUCCCUGCCCCGGGACACCCGCAGGGAAAACUACUAUCCGGGACACGCGCCGAAAUCCAACGCCUUGCAGAGCGUGUACGAAAAGGUGCAGCACCAGGAGUUUGACUACAUCCUGGUGGGUCCCUCCACGCCGGCCAGGAUACAGGAAACAGAUGAGAUUUCCAUCCCAGAAUACACAAACUCUUGAAAACAACAGCGCCAGAGACUCCGUCUGUACAGUUCCUCGAUCUUCUCCAUGUGUUGCUGUGUUUUGUAGUGGCCCAUAAAAAGACAUCUCAUGUGUAAUAUGCAAGAUUUUUGUACAUUAAUAUAUUUUUCAUAACGACUCAAUGUAAAGAAGAAUUUUAUUAUGGACUUUUCUGAGCAUGUGUUACUAUUUAAGGGGGCAUGAUGUGAUUAUUUCGGGUCUUUUUGCUGUGAAAAAACAAUCAAAAGGGCGGGAGGUGACCAUGUUUGUGGUUGGAUUGUCACUUUGUUGCACAAAUAAAUGGUGAAAAGUU